GUGGACAUGAAGAAACGAAGCUCCACUUCUCCAUCUUGUUUUGUUUCCACUUUUUGAGCUCUUUUAUAGUCUCUCAUUCAGCAGACACACUCACUCCUACAAACACAACCUAUACACAUUGCGAUCGAUAACAGUGUUGAAACUGAUAAUAAAUAAUAUGGAAGAAACAAAAGGAGGAGUGACGAUGAUUGGGAAGGCGGAAAUCGACACGCGGGCCCCGUUUCGAUCAGUGAAAGAGGCAGUCAUGUUGUUCGGAGAAAGAGUUCUUGCUGGAGAGCUCUACUCAGCUAAUAAACUUAAACAGAAACAGGAUGGAGCUAGCGAAGACGACAACGACGACGACACAUUUAAUGAGCUAAUUGAGACGAAGCAAAGACUAGAAAGGGCAAGAGAAGAAAGAUUGGUAAUGGCUACUUGUCUUUCUUCAUUAGAAGAAGAACUUGAACGUACAAGAAAUGAACUUGAUAAGCUAAAAAUUGAGCAACAACAAGUUAAGUUAUCAGAAAUUGAUGAAGACCUAAAAUUUAUAGAGAAGUCACAAAUUAUGGCACAUGAAAAUGUUGAUGAGUUUCAGAAAAAAAGAUAUGUCACAUUUGCAAAUAAUCUUCCACAAGAUGAUGAUGAUCAUCAUCAUGUUGUCAUACAAAGCCAUCCUUCACUCAAGAAGAAGAAGAAGAAGAAAAUACCUCUAAUUAUUCCAUUGAUUGGGGGAAUUUUCUCGAGGAAGAAAGGUAGUAAUUCUUAUAUUCGAUCUACACAAGUUUAAUUAGGCGAGUUGCAAUUCCCUUUUGAAUAAGGUUACGCUCCAUCGAACCUUUAAACUAUUGAAAAUAGAGUCUUUGUUUUCAGGUGGGUUUUUCUUAUAGAUAAUAAUAAUAAUUUCCCAUGAUUUUGCACUACUAUUAUAUAAUCGAUCAAUAUGUACUGUUGUAAUUCCUUUCCUUUCUUGUACUUAUGACUCGAAUGUGAGUUAUACAAAUUUCAUGUAUUAAUUAAAAGUAAAAAUAACAUAAAUUUCAACCUUAUUAGAAUUA